AUGUACGAACCCAUGGAAGUUGAUGGUUAGUUUGAUGAUUAAAGCUUUUAAUCUUUAAUUUUUUUUAGGUGAAGGCAGCAGCUCAUGGCCUUACUUACGUUGGGAUCACAUGCCGUCGGAAAUAAAACGGAGCAUAAUACGGCAUCUACCUUUUAAAGUGAAAAGUUCAUCAUUUAUAUAAACUAUUCGGAUUUAAGGACAAGCAAAACAUGAUGUUGGUGGACUGGGAAUGUUUUAACAUUUGUUCUACGCUUCCAAACCGUCUGAUAGAGUUAUCAAUUUCCGAACAUUCAACAGCUUCGCUUCUGGUAGUUUUUUUUUUGACCUUAUCUAUGUUUUCUCAACUUUGUUUUUCAGAAAACUUCUGUGGUUAUGAGGUGGAAAAACGACCGUGGACGCAUAGUCUCCAAAUGCGUAGACUAUCGCGGUAGAUAUUCGUAUGUUUUAACUGGAAAGAAAUGGUAAAAAUCGGGAAAUUUUAGUCAACAAGAUUGCCCUGACCACACAAAGGAAGCACUGCGAGCUUUUUUGAAUAUUUGGAAGAGGUCCAAAAUUCGCAACGUUCUUAUCGAAAUCGUGAGUUUUUCAAGGUUUCUACACCUUAUUUAUUACUGUAUUUAUUUUCAGCCUUGUUUUGAAGAUCUCAAAAACUUGUGGGAUCACGAAAUGCAACAAAAACAAGCGACGAAUAUCCUCACGAAAAGCUUGACAAUUAGGUAGGGAAUUUUUUCUCAUUCGUUAUUUUUACUGUUUUUUUUCAGGACGAAUGAUUAUCGGUUGGUGGAGUACGCGGUGAAUGCCACUCAGAACACGAAGUUAGAAAUUAGCCUUAUGGCGAACGACUACGGUGGAAUGGACAAGUGCAUUUUUGACCAGCAGAAGGUUUUUUUUCUUCAUUUUUGAGUUAUUUGAUUUUUUUUUUAUGCAGAUACGAGAAGCGAAAAGCCUAAUUUUGUGGUCCCUUACGAGUAAUAUCAGUGAUAAUCAGCUAUGUAGGCUUGGCGUUCGCAAUUUACGAGUGAAAAGUGAAAAUAUCACUAAUGAUGGUAUUAUUCGUUUCAUCAAGGUUUUUUCUUUUAAAGUUUUAUUCACAUAUCCAUUUUUUAAGGAGUGGCAGGAAGGCAAAAGAAAGAUCCAGAGAUUGCAUAUAUCAUCUCCAAAACUCGAUUUGGCGUAUAUUUCGGAGAAAAUCUACUGCUUGAGCUGGAAAGAUCUCACAGAGUUCGUGAUUUUUUGACUUUUUUGAGAAAUUUUCGCAAAAAAAAAAUGAAUUGCAAUUUUUUUAAUUUAUUUUCACUGAUCAUCACGGUUAAAUUGUCUUAUUCUAUGAAAAGCGUUUUUCUAUGUGGCUGGGUUAUUAGUUUUCUGUAUGCUCUCCAGCUUACUCGCUUUUUUAUAGCCAUCCGAGUUGUGUUUUUUUAUUACAUUUUAUGUCAAAGCCUGAUGAAAAAAAUUUUUGUAAAGGAUUAUUAAAAAGAAAGCAAAAUGAAUGCUAAUGCUUUUCAUUCUUGUGAAAUACAUCAAAUUUAAUAAAAGUAGACCUUUUUUGAACAUUUCGGAGUUACAAAAGGAAACAUUGCAAAGCAUUCUAAAAUAAAAACUACAUUUUUUUACUUUCAUUUUUAAAAAGCUUUAGGAAAAAGAUGGCUACAAUUUUUUUAGUUUUUAAAUUUUUUUGGGGUUCUAGGUCUGCUAGCUCCCAACUUCAGGGUUUUUGAUUAUUUUUCCAGUAUGUUUUUUUUGAGCAUCAACAAAAUGUUCAAAAAAUAGUGAUGGAGCGUUUAAAGUAGCAUGAACUUAUUUCAAAAAAAGUAUGUAGCAUGAGCAUUUCAAAAAAAUACGAAGAGUCGUUUUUCGUGUUUUCUUUUCGUCGUUGAGCACCUGUUCGCCCUUGAAUAAACCUUAAAAGAUUUUUGACUGAACUGUGAGAAAAAAGAGCUCCAAUAAAGCGAUUGCGUUGUUGGAUUUAUUGAAGUUCAUACUUAAGUUUCAUUUUCCAGCAUUUGUCAAAUCGUAUGGCGAGAAGUUGACGAGGAAGGCUACACUUAUGCUACGAAAGGUCCGAAUGCUCAGCCAGCUGCCAUGGGUCUCAUUCAAGUCGAAGGUUUUUUCUUAAUACGGUUUUUUGUUGUUGUUUCUAUCGAUUCACCUUUUUUUGUUACUACCAUGAGAAUAAUUGCGUGUUUCAGGCAUGCCGACGUUCAUCUUACGUCCAAUAAAGAUGACUGCCGCCCAGAAUGAAAUGUUCGUUCGAAGAUGCGGAAACUGUAAAGAGCAACCGCCUCCCAGUAGACAAAUCGAACCGAUUUCUGUGUAUUCCGUGUAGACACCAAAUGAUUUCUGUUAGUUUUCAUCGUAUUACGCGUACUUUUUUCUUAUGCCGUGUUCAAAGUGAUUCCGCGAAAUUCAAAAUAGCCGUCCGAGAAAGAGAAAGAUAACUAAAUUUUGGAGGGUCAGAGACAAUUUCGCAUUUCGCGGAAAUUACUUUGAACACGGCAUUACCACCACCAGAUCAUAAUCAUUAUAUUCAAGGUUUGACUGACUGCAAAGUUUGAAUCGGUAUUCUGUGUAAAUAUUCACUGUCUUGUUCUUUCCUUGGUUGUUUUUGGACGUUAUGGCGCGUUCUGUAGAAAAGUUGAAUAUUGUCUUCAUUUCGUUACUCCGAAAGUACUUUUCCACUGUUUUGGACCGUUUCGUCCCAUUGAAUGCGCCAUUAUCAGAGCUUCACCAUACGCAAAUCUCUAUGUAAUCUUUAUGUAUCUUUUGGAUAGUUGUCUGUGAUUUUUUUAGAUGAGCUCGUGUUGAAUUCUAAUGGAAUUUCUUAUCUUCCCGACAUAUUGGACCGAUGUUAUAUCACAUAAUAAAUUCAAAUUUUUAAAAGAGAUUUUUUCUUUUUAAUUAUGUUUUCAGAGAAACAAUUCUCCUAUCUCAAGUGAUGUGUACUCGAAAGAGAUGAACUAGUUACCGCGUGAAAAAAAAGUUAUUUUUUCCUGAACAACUUGAUUAAAGUUAUUUCGAUUGACUGCGGGAAGGGAAAAAUUCUAAAAAUUAGUUUCUAAAUAAAUUUCGUUCCACUUAGUUAAUCUCAUUUAUUUGAGAAAAAAAUAUUGUUUCAGAACUUUGAAAUAGUUACUGAUUUUUGAUUUCUUGGCCAUCGAACAUAGUUUUUCUUUCUGUUAUAUUUAUUUUUCAGUGUCUAGGCACGAUUUCUGAAAGUCAGAAAUUGGUCAAAUUUCUGGCCUCAAGAAACCCAACAAUGUUUUCUGAAAUACAAAAAUUCAUAAAACAGACCGUUUACACAGAAGCUUGAUGGCGUUUCUAUCGGAAAAAUGAAACUUGCUUUAAAACAAAAACUAGAUUAUUUAGGGGCCAGGAAGCGUUUCUAAUUAGUAAGUUGAAACAAAUUAUGUAUAGUCUGUUUUAAUUUUUUUUUUUUCUUCUACUGAAGACACUAUACAAAGUGUGACCAAACUUUGCUUCGAGACCUUUGUUUUUGUCAUUUUUGGCAAGUUUGUAGCCCGUGUCCAAAGUUAUUCCGGAAAAAGACAAAAAAGCUAUCAGAGAGUGAACAAUAUAACUAAAUUUGGAGAGUCAAAGAUGAUUUGGAAUUUCGCGAAAAGAACAGCGUAGAGUAAAAGUGCAAAAAGCUCUGUUCCCGGUAGUUGUUUUGUGAUGUGCCUUUAAACGUGUCGCGAAAAGCCGCCGUGACAGAAAGUUGCUCCAUUCUCGGCACAUGACGCAGGGGAAAACGCGCGCCAGCGAACUUUUGGUUUUCGAUUUUCAACCGUCGUCGCAUGCCGACUGAUUGUUGGUUUCUGCAGCCGCGCCACGCCGCCGGUCGGCCGCGUCCCGAAUGGCUCAAAGUCCCUUGGUGGCCGUUUUGGCGUCGUCGUCGGCCAAUUCACGACUUCAGCAGCGCGGAUUCCAGUCCCUGUCACACCUUCUGGCGCCCUUCGCCACUCACGACGUCUCCAUUAGGGUGCGCCUUCUUUUUUUUUUUGCGUUUUUCCUUUUUUUCGGUUUGAUAUUCUCUUUUGAUUCAACUAAAUAGAUUGUUUUUUCUCACUCAAAUAUACUUCGGUCACGAUUAACUUGAAACAAACAGAGAUAUACAAACUUUUUCCAAAUACUGCGUUUUAUUUCCCGUCCUCCAUGAAAAUAAAAUAGAAAACAAUUUAUGAAGCCCAAAAGAAGACUUUUUUCAGUUCGAACUGAUAAUCCAUUCACGUUCAGUUUGAAUAGAGACUACCGUUUCGAUUUUUAGAAAAGUCUUUUUUUUUUGGUUUCUUUGUUGCUUUUUAUUUUCCAGUUAGGUCUUAUUUUCUUACUUGACACUUUUCUCCCUGCCACGAUACGACUAGAAGAACAGUCAAAUCAUCUUUUUAUUUUCAAAGACCUGCUAUAUUUCAUUCAUUGUUGGCUUGGAUUGAUAAGUAUUACAGUUUUGAUGUAGAAAAAUUCCUUUUCUCUUUUUUUUUUUUGCAGUUUCGGUUUAAUUUUCUGAUGCGACUAGUGAAAUCUUUUUCGAUGAGUAUUCUUUCUAAGCAAAUCUAUCUUUCCUUUAUCGUUAACUUCGGACAGAAACGAGGUAGCUGAAUCUCCUCUCUUUGCACACUCUAUCGCUGAUCUUCUUUUUUCUCAUUCUAGAACUUUUUGAACAUUUCGAAGUUUUCCGGCUUCUCUGUAAACCUUUUCAUUUCAACUUCAUUUAUCAAAAAGUUUCACAAAACAAAAAAAUAUCAGAUUUUUUUUCAAAUGUUAUCGGAAUAAUUCCAACUUCUCUCUUUCCUCGUUUUCGCAAAUUUCAAGUCGAUUUUAUUUUCAGUUUUUUUAUCCUUUUUCACCAUUUUGUAUCCAAGGCUAUUUUUUUCGUCAAUUCGAAGAUUUGAUCAAAACGUGAUUCUGUAACUUUUAAUAUUUAAAUGUUAUUCUUUCAUUUUAUCUUUUAAAAAAAUUCACAGCCAUUUUCAGCAAGUAAUGAUCCACUGAAAUUUGAUAAUUGAUUUUCUUUUUCUCGUUAUAAAAUUCUUCAGAAAUUCUUUUUUUCGAUUCUAAUUUGAGAAAAACUUUUUCCGAUCAACUAUUCUCUUACUAAAAAAAUUGCGAAAUUCUGCUCAUAAAUUUAUUGAUGUGUUUCUUAAGGAACCCACCUCGGGUCAGACGAUCAACUCGAAUGUGCGGCUCGACAUUCGAGAUAUCACCAAAGAUGGGCAUUUGCUGUCUCUUUCGGUCCUGCCACACGUUUUGCACCAGGUAAGACCAAGUUUUGAAGCCUAGUCUAUUUGAUGACAAAGAAGGAAAAAUUAGGUAUCUCGACUAUUUUUUGAAGUUCCGUUUCUCAAGCUAGAACAUAUUGUAAUCAACGAAAUCGAUUAGGUAAGAGCAGAUUUUGAAUCUUACACUACUUCAAAUUAGGAUAUAACUCUUAAAAUAGAAUAUAUUCCAUAUAAUCGAAGAUAUAUGAAAAAUGAAAUGUUUUAUUUUUGGCGAGUAGUAUAUUUUUGGUCUUGAUAUUCCUCCAUAAUAAACCUCUUGAUCUUCGAUUAUUUUGAGGCUCUACAAAACGCCGACAACGUAGAGGACGCCUUGGAAAAGUUCGAAAAUGUGUUGAGCCGAUGGGCGGAGCCAGCAGAUCAAGAAGCUCUGGCGAUUUAUUUGGCCUCGAUUUUCGUCGUCUCUGUCAGCGAUGAAAAUCCUCUCGGAGAACUCAGCAAGCUCAUCCAGACUCAGCAGACUUUGCAUGUUCGUGUUGGACUUUCUUUUUGAAAAGAACGUCUCGAAAAGACGGAAUAUUCCAGAAACAUAAGAUACUGGAGCUAGAAAAAAAGUUCGAUGAGUUGAAAAAAUCGGAAAAUAGGGUGAAAAAUAAGAAAUUGGACUUAGAAUCAGAAGAUGAGAAGCCAUCCUUCAAUGUUCUUAAAUUUACAAAUAUCCUGGUGUCUUCAAAAAUUUCAGUUUUCUCCCGUUUUUCACGAUUAAUUCCCUAGUAACACUCGAGUCAGUAGCCCCAAAGUUAAACUUUCAAAAGAUCAUAACUCUGGGUCAUAAUUCUCAGAAUUAAGUAAAAUCUACUGCGCCGAGCUUGCCACUUUCAUGAAGAACAACGAUAAGACCUUCAGAGACCUUAUCAUUCCCGAAAAAAUCGAUUUUUGUCUGGGAGUGUUUGGAAAAAAGGAUCCUGAGCACAGAUUAUGGGAAAUUGUGAGAAAGCUUGAUAAAAUAUUGGUUUUUCGCGAUGGGAUCCAGGAUAGUUUAUUCAAUAAGUUCUGUGGUUUUAAAAAGAGUCUCAGAAAUGUUUUUUUAGCAUCCUGGGUCAACAAAUGUCAUCCCGCCGUACUGUUCCAUGCCAAAAUGGGUCUCUUCUCAUCCGAAAUCGUUGAAACAUUAUAUUCUGCUCCAAGAUGAGCUGGUCGAUGACGCCUCGAGGUUUUAAAGAAGAAAAAUGAUGGUUUUUCUCAUUCAAUACUUCAGAACUUCUCACUUUUACGAACAAAUGUGCUCUACCUACGGCAAGGAGUGUUGUCAAGUCUUGAGGCUGUCGGCAAACAAUUCUGGUUUGUUUUAUUCAUUUCAAAGCUUGAAAGUUUACAUGAAAAUUUAUAAGGAAUAAUAUCAAUUCCAUGUUCCAGAAGUCGAGAAAUCGAUAAAGAAAAGUUGGAACACGUUUGAUGAGCUCAACAUGUUCUUGACGAGAGGCUUGGAAGACGCCAGAAAUCAUGCGGCUUCUUCUAUCGCCGCCACUUCCACUACACUUGCACCGGUGAGAAAAAUAGGAGGAAAAAUGUUUUUAGAGAGAUUACCUUCGAAGAUAUUGGAUUUUUUGGAUUUUUAGACUUAAAAAUGUUUCUCUUUCAAAUUUUAAUAAGAAUUGAAGUAUAAGAACAUUUUAAGAACUCUUCCUCUUCAUCAGUUUCAACAAUAUCUUCAACAUUUCCGCGAGUUUCGCCAAAUCCUGACCUCAGUUCUUCGCCGAAAGUUUCGAGAUCAGGUUGGUAAGAAAAUUUUCCGGUUUUUCUGUGAAUUUUUAGAAAAACGGUAGGGCAAAUGUCAUUUUUUUGAAGAAAUUUGUCCUGGGGUUUUUAAAGGAGCAUGGAUGAGUUUCAUAAGGGUAUCGAGGCGAAGAGCCGAUAUCAUAAUCAUUUAAGGUGCUCUCUUUAAAAAAUGAUCAAAAAUGGUUCCUAAACAGAUUAUCAGAAAGUCUUGAUUUCUUGGUUUUUAUGAGAUAAUUGAAGAUUAGUAUAGUUUAUAAAAAUUUUGGCUCUAAGGCCCUUGAAAAACAGAAUUUCGAUGUUGUCCUCGAGAAUAAUCUGAAUUAUUAUAACUGUAGAAAAUUAUGGCUUCAAGUAAAAAACUGAUUUUAUGUUCAGAAUCGGGAUUAUUGAUAAGAAGCAUGAAAAAAAAAUGUUGCAGAAUCGAAUUUCCCUUUAUUCCAAUUUCCAAAUCGGACUUUUUCGGAGGCUGACGCCACAGAGUGUACAUCGGUCCUGAAGAAAUUCGUCUCCGAAGCCUUGGUUCCAACUUUUUCCUUGGAAAUUCGAUAAUUCGAAAGUUGGAGGUCCCUUAUGUGGAGCGAGAAAUGCGGCAUUUGCUGGAACAAAUCGGGACGAGAAGGGGAAUCAUCGGAAAAUCAAUAACCAGCAACAUGAAAAAGUGGUUCACCGCGGGAACUGUUCAAUCUACCGUUUCUUCUCCUUCAAGGUGCUUGACUAUGCAAAAAAAAAAAAAUGAAUAAGGAUUUUAAAAAGAUGUAGUUAAAGAAAGUGUAGUUAUUUAAUAGAUAUAGUUAAAAUAAAGUUUAGUUGAAGUGAAAAAGUAUAGAUAAAUAAUUAAUUAGUUAGGUACCUUCAAAAAAUAAAAAUAAAAACAAAAAAAGGGAAAUUGAAAUAGAUCGAAUAUUCAUCGAAAUUAUUCCCAAAAAAAGAAAAAAACAGAAAAAAAUGUUUGGAAGAAAAAGUCACUAGAUUGUUUCUCAGUUUCAAACGAGCAUAAAUAAAUUGAAUUUCUAACAGUUGUGAUAUUAAAUUUUUUUAUAAUUUUUUUAGAUUUUUUUAUUUUUUUGAAUUUUAAUGAGAGAAAGUCUUUUUGGAAAGUAAAUUUUAUGAAAAAAAUGAAAAAAAGUGAGAGAAACUUCACAAAGUGACCUUUGUUUCUCUUUUUUUUCUUCUUCAUGAGAAUGUUAAUUCAAAAUUUAAUUAUUUUUUCAAGAAGAAGCUCCAUGGUCAUGCCGCUCAAUGAAAAAAAUAGAAAGUUUUCGGUUCUUUUAUUCUCCAAAAAACAGUAAAAUCAUCUUCAUUUUUUAAUGAAUAGAGUUUUCCAGCUACUCCUGGGACUGCACGGAGAUGCAAGUGCGACGUCUCGCCGACUUGGCCUUCGUUUUCGGGAUCUAUUCUUUGGCCUAUCAACAGUACCGGAGUGUUAAGAAGGAUUUCGAGUCGGAUCAGGCCAUGAUUCAUCACGCUUUGGCCUCGGUAAGAAUGAAAAAAUCUCGGAAAUGAGAAGUUACAAGUAAUUUUCGGAGAACGCCAGGAACAUUGCCGUUAUACAGUACCGCUCAAAAAGUCUAUUAAGUUUUGGUUUUUUUGGGGGAUAUCUCAGCGAGUACUUAUCCGAUUUAUAUAUAACUUUCAGGGAUAAUGUAAAAAUAUACUUUGAAACAUAUACGGUAUACAAAAAAACAUGUCCGCAAUGACUGUGACGCGUUUUAGGCAUUUUUUUAUUGAAUUCCAUUUUUUUGUUUUUUUAUGCUUUUUAUUUUUUUAUUUAUUUUUUUAUUAAAUUUUUUUAAAAUUAAUAAUGCUGCCAUAUGAUUUUUUUCAUGUUUUUCAGACAUGGGAAGAACCUUUGGAAAUAAGAAUUUGACUGAUAACGACAAAAGAGCCAUCGUUGUGGGUCGUCAAAAAUGGACUGACCAUGAUGACGUUGGCAGGAAUGUUCGGCGUGACAAAGGCGGGCAUUUCUCAGUUCCUAAAGCGUCAGAAAGCUCAAGAUGGCUCUACUAACAGCCAACGCACUGGAAGACCACGUGUCACUGAUCGUAAUGACGAUAGGAACAUUUUGAAGACGUCUAGAACCAAUCCAAGACUCACCGCUCCUGCGAUCAGACGGGAAGUUUUCUUGAAUUCGCCAUCUCCGCCAUCCGUCUCGACCGUGAAACGACGUCUGAAUGCUGCUGGAAUCAUGGGAAGACGUCCAGUGAAGAAACCGCUGAUUUCUGAGAAGAAUCGAGCCGCCAGGGUGAAGUGGGCGAAGGAGCAUCUCAACUGGACCCGUCAAGACUGGAACAAGAUUCUGUGGUCCGACGAAAGCAAGUUCCUCCUCUUCGGGAGUGACGGAAUUCAGUGGGUUCGUAGACCAAUUGGGUCCAGAUAUCAUCCGAAAUACCAAUUACCCACCGUGAAACAUGGUGGAGGUUCUUGCAUGGUGUGGGGCGCCUUCUCUGGAAGUGGCAUCGGACCGCUUCAUCGCGUGAACGGCAUCAUGGACAAGCACGUCUACAAAGACAUUCUCCAGAACCAGAUGUUGCCGCACUUGAGAGCCAUGGGCCGUGGGAGUGUUUAUCAACAGGAUAACGAUCCCAAGCACACUUCACUGUUCGUCAAGGUGAGAAAAAUUGACAAGUAAUUCGUAUGGUUUUUGAAACUCAGGACUGGUUCAAGAGCCGUCGGGUCAAUGUCAUGGGGUGGCCAAGUCAAUCUCCGGACCUGAACCCGAUCGAACAUCUCUGGGAAGAGUUGGAGCGACGUUGUGCCAACAAAAGAGCCAAGAAUUGCAACGAGAAGUUUGCUCAACUGCUGUCUGAAUGGAAUCAGAUCCCCAUGUCUACCAUCGACACUUUGCUCAAUUCUAUGCAGAGAAGAUGCCAGGCAGUGAUUGACGCCAGGGGCUUCGCAACCAAGUACUAG